CAAAACUACGGGAAAACAUUCCACACGGGCGGUAUCUAUGUAAAUGUACAUUGAUAUGCAUGAAGUUGGGGGUCUCGAUUUCGAGAGAGGAGUCAUGACGGCACAGAAUCUGCGCUUCGUUGCCUUUUUGGGAUAAAAUUAAGACAAUUAUUUAUGAUUUCUAAUCAUGGAAGUGUUUUUGGCAUCGUAGCAACAUGUGACUGGAGUGGAGAAUGUGUUUGGAUCGGAGAAAGAGUGUUAAAGUGGCGUGGGAAAAUGACCAUGACUGAUGACAGUGAUUGACGGCGAGACGGAAUUUCCUUCGGAUCCUGUAAUUCACUGGUGCGGCGGAACACUUUGAUGUCGGCAGCCAGUAUGCUGUUACCUAGAGUCACAAAAUCGCGUCCUUAUACAGUAUUCUGGGACAGUUAGGAGCAUCUUACCGGAGCUAUGGAGUACUUUGAGUACCCAGAAUACGCAGACAUAAUGGAACUCUUUAUAGAGACCCUUACCGGCACCGUUUUUGAGCUUCGGGUGUCGCCGUUCGAAACAGUGAUCUCGGUUAAAGCCAAGAUUCAAAGAUUGGAAGGAAUCCCCAUUAGCCAGCAGCACCUUAUAUGGCAGUCGGUGGAACUUGAGGAUGACUACUGCUUGCAUGACUACGGAAUUCCUCCUAGCAGUUCUCUCAAGUUGGUGCUGGCCAUGAGAGGUGGUCCCAUCAACACAAGAAGGAUUCCGAUGGAGGAUCCUGCCAUUCGGGAGAUGGCCGAAUACAUGGAAGCCAACAGGGACGAGAUCUGGGAGAAAUUACCCGGCAACCGUCAGGUCACUUUGUUGGUGUUUAGGGAAGGGGACCAGUUGAAUUUCUUCAGGGUGGUGGACCGAGGUGAUGGCACCCUGACUCCACUGUCAGAAUCAUUGAGCGGUGCUUCAAUGUACAAUAACAUGUUUGAUGAAGAGGAGGAAGAAAGAUUGCCCACUCAGGAACAAUCCGUUGAAAAUGAUGUUACUAUGAGUAAAAUGAAACUCCUCCGUGCAAAGAUGGAGACGUUAUCAAUCGGGAAAAAGAAGCAUAAAACACCGCAUCCACCGACCACUGCUCGACCAAAGAGCACAGCAGUUAGAAGGCGGCUGCCUGUUUCCAAGAAGAAAUCACCUCCUCUUCUCAAUAAGAAUAAUCCCCUUCCUCCUGUGGGCACACGGAGCGGAGAGAUUCGUCAUUCCGUAGAUGCCAGUGUUAAAUUAGACUCUCCUAAAGGGAGCAUGGACUGCAGUUCCGUGGGAGGGUCAGCCAGCCGGGUGGAGAGGCGCCUUGGCACCGCGGAUAAGCGUCGUAGCCCGGCCCCGCCAGCCUCUUGCCGUGCUCUGGAGUCGCUGACCAGCGCCCGCCUGCACCGGUCCUACACCAACCUAGGCAAUAUGUUACCCCCCUCCACAGCCACCGUCAUGCCGGAGAUGCGUCCCAACACCUCUUCCAAGGUUCAACAGGUACUGACGUCCUCCGCUGAUGCCCGGGGCAGAGAGCGGAGCGGCAUCAAGGCCGAAGCCCGUCUGGUCACGGAGCUCGUUAACCAGGCUAACAGGGACGGCAAAAUCAAUGAUAUAGUUUGUGGUGCUCCCAGGGACUUGCAUACGGCCAAGGGCAGCGGAAGGACCAGAGCUGCCUCGGGGGCAUUAGCCCUCAGCCAGGCCUUGAACACAACAUCAUCAGCACUGAAAAGUACCACCAAUGGGGACCGAAUUCGGACUCCAGAUGGAAGGACAGCUCUAAUUUCUGCGCAUAGUAUACGGGGUAGAAUAUCGGGAACACGGGACGGAAGGCUUUUAUCACCGAGUCACCGGCUUCCACCUGUCAGUAGCAGUAAGCCAACCUCUCUUGCAACUACGAAGAAAAAGACGAGUAAAAGGUGCUCUUUUUGCAACAAGAAAACUGGUCUGGCCACCAGUUACCAAUGCAGAUGUGGACACAACUUCUGUGCAACCCACCGCUAUGCCGAGGCACACCACUGUGGCUACGACUAUAAAACUGAAGGACGUAAGAUGCUGGAGCAGAGUAACCCACUAGUCAGUGCUCCCAAGCUGCCGAAAAUUUAAGGCAUUAAUUGUUCAAUGUUUUUAAUGCAUACAUUUCAACAUUGCAUACAUUUCAACAUUGCAUAUAUAGCAGAAAUAAUGCUGGAUGACCUAUCACUGCAGUAGAGAUAGUGUGUGAAACACUGAGAUGUGCAAGCAGGGGGAAUGCUAGUGUUGGGAGUGGUGCAUCUGUACAGCGUUCAUGUGCACUGAAGUCCAGCUGCUUUAUGAAGAAGCUCCCUAAUUCAAAGUCACAUUUAAGUGACUCCUACGGUAUUACUCCCAAAGUGAUUUGGGAAAAAGGUCAUCCUUAGAUGUGUCGUUCACAUUCUCGUUUCCGAAGGUUUAGUUGAUGGUGCAAAGCUGUGGCUUGGGAAGAAGUGACGGAUUUUUGUUCCACAAAUUGAUUAGCAAGAACAUACACGCCAUGGCCCGCCGACCGAAUUCCAAACUGUCUCCAAGGAGCAGUGGACCUUUUUCAUGCCGUGAACUUUUACCAGAAUGUGCGUGCAUGUUGGAAUGUCCUUGUGGGGAAUGUGCUGUGAGGAAGGUGGGUGUGUGAGAACCUUUGAGUGGAGUUGCAGCGACUUUCUGGUUCCCACAAUAACUGUCAUUUAACACGUGUGCGCCCUGCAGCUUUGUGGAACAAGUACGUGCAUGUGUGAGAUGUUAGUCGAGAAAGGCAGGUACCGAAGAGAGCAGCAGGACACAUACCUGGACUUCAGCCGCUGAUGAAGUUUCUCCCAUAAAACAGUCGGGCAAGGCACUAAAAUGUCACCAACACGGGAAAGAUGUUCUUGAUAAUCACAGUACUAAUACUUGACACCAUGGGGGAAAAAUAAUUCAAAUGUGAGCCUGGGCAAACCUUCAGAAAACUCCAGCUGAAUAUUUAGGUAGUGUUACCAGAGAAUGAGACGGUCGAAUGUUGAGCGUUUGCCAUCUGAAUGCUGCACAGUGUCUCUGCCUCAGUUGAUACGGUCGAUUCUUAAAUUCUUGAAAUACUGUACAUUGCAUUUGUACAGAUACAAGUCUAUAUCAGUACCAUAUCUUAGCCAUGGUUAAGUUUGUAUUUUAUUGGUUUCCAGUUCUUUAUGGCUCGUUACAGCAAAUUUUGUCUUAAAUCUGGAUUGUGAUUUUAGAGCAAUACAUCAGCUAUUCCUGGUGAUUAUUAUUUUUUUCUUCUAAAUUAUAGUCUUCAUGUGCUCAAAAUGUGUGAGUCUUUUAGCGUUGCAUUCAGAAUCAUGCGGCAAAAUUCUAGGCGAGUGGUUUGCAUUGAAAGGAAAAACACAGACGAUCAUUAUUUAUUGAUUUUUUUGUUUCAACAGUUCUGUAGAGAAAUUCCAUGUGUAUGUACAUUUGAAAAGUGAACAUAAAGGUCAACACGAAGUGUGUUUCAAGGCUAAUAAUCUAGUGAAGAAAAAUAUUGUGAAGUUGCCUUUGAAUGAAUCUUGUAUUAAAUCGGUGACUUUAAUAAGUUGGUUGCAUUGGCUAGAGCAAAAAGCCACAAAUGCGGUUCUUUCUGGUUGAAUCAGUCACUCUUAUUUCAGCAAUUUUGGAAAUACCCUGUGCUCUGAAUUGUCAAUAAGUAUGUGAGAGGCAGAAACGAAAGUUUAUGAGUGUAAAAGGGGGGGCGGGGUGAAUCUUGGCACCACUUUGUGCGGGCCGUUUAGAAACGGUUUCAGAUUGUGCGAAUUGAACGUUUAAAGUGCUGGCUAUCUAUGUAUGAAAAGCUCAACAUUAUAUCAUGUCCAUUUGGAGAUUCAGUUUCCCAUCAAAGGCCCUUGUCAUGACAAAUGCCUGGUUCUGUUUGGUGCAGAAAUUGCAUAUUGGUACUUUGUUUUUCCAGUGACAAGUGUCAGAAGUAUUUUUCUGAAUGCAAAUAGCUUGUCAGUUUAUUUCAUGUUAUUCAGCAAUCUUAGAAUUUUUUAUGAAGUUGUGUUGUUUUACUCCAUUAAACAUAUACGAGUACAUGUACAUGUAUACUUGUAUCACAGAAUUUACAUUUUACAAGUAGAGGUGCGCCGUCACAAAAAUUGAUCUUGAUUUUUCUCCUUAAAUAUGAAAACGAGGAAAAAUUGUUCCUUUUAAAACAAAUUUUGAACUAUUUCAAUUUUAAAUUGAAUAAAAGCAAAGCC